CGUGUUUGUCUCAACAUUGGAGUGUUUGCGGAAAACGGAGCAGCUUUUCGGCGACGAAGAAAAAUCGUUUCCACUUUUCCUUCCCAACCACGCCGCCGCCACUGCGUUGACCGGCGUGCGUGCGGCCGUCGUUUGGCGUGCGCAAAAGAGGCACGCGAGAGCGGCACGCUCUGUGUGAUGCUUGCUCGUCGUGCUAUACGUUAGGGUGGUGAACCGGAUUGUGGUGCUGUGAAACAGGAGCGUUGGAAAGAGUGCAAAAUCGAGCCCAAUGGUGUAGAAUUCGCAGCCUAUUUUGAAUUGCCAGUGAAACGCAAAUAUCGACCCACACACGGUGCCGAAGUCGGAGAACAAGUGAAGAAAGUGCAGAAAGUAGAAAAAGUAGAGUGUGCCCGGCGUUGUUUCACGGUGCUGCAUAAAUUUGACAUCCCCAGCAGCAGCAGCAGUAGGCGAGUAAAGAGAACGGCAAAAUAAUUGUCGCCUCGCCAACUCGAAAUCCAAGCAGCCGCCGAUUUAAUUUACGGCACACCGAAAAGAAGAGGCGAACAACUCAACCACAUAUUUUGGGAAAUAUCUCGCACCGAACGGUACCGGGAAAUAACGGAAGUCCAUUCUGCGGAGGAGAAUCGUCGCAAUAAAAAGAGGAAGAAAGAGAGAAAGAAAGAAAGAAAGAAAGAGAGAGAGAGCGAGAGCGAGACUGCAGAAGAAAAUCAACCACCACGAUGGGGAAAAGCAAAAUUCAGUGCAGCAAGUGCCAGAAGAAGUGCUCCGGCGAGGUGCUGCGCGUCUCGGAUCGCUACUUUCACAAGACCUGCUUCCAGUGCACGAAGUGCAACAAAUCCCUCGCGACCGGAGGCUUCUUCUCGAAGGAUGGCCUGUACUACUGUACGUCCGACUACCAGAAGCUGUACGGUACGAAGUGUGCCGCCUGCGGUCAGUACGUGGAGGGCGAGGUCGUGUCCACGAUGGGCAACACAUAUCAUCAGAAGUGCUUCACCUGUAGCAAGUGCAAGCAACCGUUCAAAUCCGGUAGCAAGGUGACCAACACUGGCAAAGAGGUUCUGUGCGAGGGCUGCGUCAAGUGUCCUCCGCAGCAACAGAUGCUCCAGAACGGUGGAAAGCAACCGGAUCCGAACGAGUGUGCCGGCUGCCGGCAGCAGCUGAAGGAAGGCCAGGCACUGAUUGCACUCGAUCGUCAGUGGCACAUCUGGUGCUUCAAGUGUAACGCUUGCGGUACCACACUGAACGGGGAGUACAUGGGCAAGGACGGUGUGCCGUACUGCGAGAAGGACUUCCAGAAGUCGUUCGGUGUCCGGUGCGCGCACUGCAAUCGCUACAUCAGCGGCAAGGUGCUGCAGGCCGGUGACAAUCAUCACUUUCAUCCGACCUGUGCCCGGUGCACCAAGUGUGGCGAUCCGUUCGGGGACGGUGAAGAGAUGUAUCUGCAGGGUGGGGCCAUCUGGCACCCUAGAUGUGGUCCCGGACCGUCCUCCUCCGACGGUGGGCUCCUGAAUGGGGUCGAAACGAACGGGUUCACCACCGAGACGGAGUUCGAUCGUACCAGCACCAGUGCAAUGAGCGAGAUACAGUUUACGUAUCGCUCGCAAACUCCAAGCGUAGAUGGUUCCGUUUAUAGUCCGUACACGCAUAGAAAGUACCAUCGCACCACGAGUCCGGGGCUAAUCUUAAGAGAAUACAAACACCAAGGCUACGAGGACAUUGCUCGUAUCUACACCUACAGCUACCUGACGGAGGAGCCGGGCUAUCUGCGCCGUCCGAUUGAACCGUACGAUCGGGCACCGGUCUCGCCGCACUUUCACCGCCCGGUGCAGCAGUACUCGUCGAUGAGCAGCGGCACCCGGUCCGGGGCGGGGUCACGCUCGCACUCGCGCAGCCGCAGCGCGAUGAAGGUGCUGGUCGACAGCAUCCGGUCCGAGACGCCGCGCCCGAAGAGCCCGGGCAUGAACAAUGAGGAACCGAUCGAGCUGAGCCACUAUCCGGCCGCCAAAAAGCCGCCACCGGGCGAGAAACCAAAGAUCGAGCGGGACGACUUCCCGGCCCCGCCCUACCCGUACACGGAUCCGGAGCGGCGCCGUCGGUACUCCGACUCGUACAAGGGCGUACCUGAGUCCGACGACGAGGUGGACAAGGCCAACAACAAGGAAAACCUAGCCGAUAAGUGAGUACGAAUGGGUGGCAAAUGAAACCCUGGAAUGACCGCCGCCAAUUCCCCCCUUUCUUUCAGACGUCACCAGCGCGAAGAGGAAGAGCUGAAAAAAAUGAAAUCGUCCGGCAUGGGUACGGUCAUCUUGAAGGAUCUGCAGGAGAAGAAACGGCACGAGCACUGGAAGCAGGAGAAUAUGGACCCACGCAAUGCAUCGCGCACGCCGUCGGCGGCAAAGGAACCGGCGUACCGGAUGCGUUACGAUUCGCCGGUCGGGGCGUCUCCGUCGCGUAACCUGGACCAUCAGAAGCCGUUCUGCGAGGACGAGUUCGAUCGCUCGACCAGCUACCGUGGCUCGGUUGGACGCGCCAUCGGUAAUGCUACCAGCUACAAUGCCAUCCAUUCGUACAGGUCACCUCCGAAGCCCGGAUAUGGAUUCAAAACGUCCACACUGCCACCGUCACUUAGAAACGGUUACAGCUCCGAUUUCUCCUUCAGUGGGCUCGGCGAUAAGACCCACAGUACGGAGUUCAGCUGUGGCAAAAGCGACAUUUCUGGCGAAUCCAUAACCGACGGUGACCGGCGUGCUUUGGGUGCCGAAAUUCCUGUCUCCAGCACGUACUCCGGCGCCCUGUCCUAUCACUAUCCCCAGCAACCAACGCGCCGCAGCUUGCCCAACAUGGCCCACUCGUUGCUAGUGCACGAACCGGCCAAAAUCUAUCCCUAUCAUCUACUGCUAAUCACCAACUACCGGCUGCCGUCGGAUGUCGAUAGAUGUAAUUUAGAGCGUCACCUUUCGGAUGUUGAGUUUGAAGCGAUUCUCCAGUGCGCCCGCCCGGAGUUCUACCGUUUGCCCCAGUGGAAACGUAACGAUCUAAAACGACGCGCUCGGCUGUUUUAAAACACCAAACACCACCGGUACCGGGACCGGGACCGGCGACCGAUCGUCACGAUUGCCUACUACUUUUCCGGUUCCGUGAUGAGGAGACACAUCAAACCCGAAGCCUAUGUUCCGUUUGUUCGUUUAGCAAAAUGUGUUUGUGUUACAGGCCGCUCCCAUAUGCGAUGUUUCUACCACUUUGACUCUCCGGCUGUAGCUCGUGUGCUGUAGGGUUUCAUUAGAAGCUUAAUUUUAGAUUUUGACCGUUUGAAAAUUGUUCAACAUUUUUGUUUCUGUUCAUCGUUUGACGAUCACCUCUCUGGUUGGUGUGAACAAAAAGGGUUUUGGUUCUGUAAAUUAGUCCUCGCGAACUCGGAAUGGGCAUUGCUAACCCCCCGAGUGACCGAGUGGGGCGCACGUAUAGAAAACAAAAUAAGAUUUCCGCUUCACCGGUGCCGCGUUCUGCUGUGUGUGCACCCGCUGUGGGGCUGUUAAUGUAACGAGCUGCCAUCGAAGAGCAAUCAUCGAAGGCAAUUGCACCUUAGUUAGCUUCUCUUGCUUAUGAAAGAGGCCUAGAAAAUAGAUAAAAUGUUGAACCGCGGGGCGAGUCCUUUUUCGAAACAUGCAUUUAUGUGGUGGCUGUAAGAUCUUCUCACUUCGGUGGGGCUUCGGUAUCUUCAAUUGAGGCAGUGAAUGUGAGCGCAAGCGCUGGCGACAACGCACGAAAUCGGAUUAAUCUACGAACUCAUCACACGAAACUACACGCCAAUUGAAGCAAGCUAGAGAAAAACAAAACACUAAAUUCAGCUAGCCUUAAUACGUUUAAUUGUAGAUUUUAAAUAACCGCAUGGAUUGUGUAGGUACAAAGAGCGGAACAAGGGCAGUUAAUCGAUUGAACGAUGUGGGAGAGAAUCCAAUAUAUAAAAUAUUUAUAAUUUCUAUUUAUGAGAUGGGCGGAUGCGAAACAUAACAUCCCUAAACCGUACGCAAUGUCAAAAAACAAAUGGAUAAUUAAAAGCAAACUAAGGGAAAGCAUAGCUAACUACUAAAAGAAAUAAAAACGUCAUAAAAACAUAAUACUAUAUUACACUGUAAGACAACAGAAUCGAAAUAACGGGGGGGAGAUAGAGCCCUUCACACUUCUGUUCCGAUGCUUUGUGCGAGAAAAACUAUUCGUUGCUUGUUCGGCGCUUGCGAUGUCUGGCAAAAAUAGGGCGCAACACGAGUGCAGGCAGCGCGGUAGCUUUUGGGAUAGGUCUCUUUAAGUAAAUUGUAGCAUAAGAAAGGGUAAAAAUCAAAAAGUCACAACACAAAAAAUCCUUACGGUGUUGUUCUGCUGAUGAUUUGUGAUGAUGGCGGUGUGCGGCGCGGAAUGAAUUCAGCUUAGUGCACCGAAAAAGAUACUGUAUCCGUUUACUCACAGAACACACCACUAUAGGCAACGGUCGACAGACGCGUCGAGAUCCCAUAAAUCCGACAAGAUACAACAUCACAACCCGAAUGUACCAAAGUGCAGUAUGCGCCGCUAGGUGUCAGUGAAAGCCUAGGAGCCCAGUAUUUAUUCGAACCAAGAUGAGCAAAUAAAACAAAGGGUGACAAAUGUUACCACAAAUAAGAAAGGAGAUCAUAUUUUUCUAUAAAAUCCACUAACCGGGCAAAAAUGGAUUAGAAAGCGAGCGAGGACAGCCGGACAGUAUCUUUUGAUUAACACAGGCGCACCAUUCGAACCGGUUUGGUGAUUCAAAGGGAUGAUGAACGCAAAAACUGGUACUCAGCGGUUCCCAAACUGGCUGCUCGAGGGUCCAACGACGCAAAAGAAAAUGGUUCACAAAUGGUUGGUUAAAAAUCUGCAUCCCGGUGACUGCAGAAGAAGCAAAGAGGCAGAAGUCAGAAAACAAACAGGAUAGAAGAGCGGAAGCGGUAGUAAACAAUAUGACUAAUCGGUGUGUGUCCGCGUAGUAGUUGUAAGAAAAUAAAACCAAACGUGCUGCUAAUGUGAAAUGGCUGUCGCCUGCGUCGCUUUGUGUGUCUCGCUGACUACUUUCCUUGACUGCGCACCG